CACAUGGAAAAAUGGAGAGACAGAAAAGAAAAAAAGCGAACUCCGUUGACGUCCGUGAACUCACAGUGCUGUGCUGUCCUCUCUACUUUCCCUCCCCAGAGUGGAACAGAGCAGCCAAGAAAUCCCGCAGAAGCAUCGAAGAACACAGAGAAGAGAGCGGAGCAGAGGAGGGAUCGAUGACGUUGGGGCUGAUCAAUGCGAACCCGGUGGUUCACGCAAAGAAGGAGAGGGUCGCCCGGACCGAAGACCCUCACUGCGACGACGCCGUCGAUCCCCUCGAGAUCUACGAUCAUGUCAGGGACAUACGGGAUCCCGAGCACCCUUAUUCACUGGAGCAGCUCAGCGUCCUCUCCGAGGAAUCCAUCACCGUCGACGAGAAGCUCGGCCGCAUUCUGAUAAUGUUUACCCCUACCAUCCAGCACUGCAGCAUGGUGACUGUCAUUGGCCUGUGCCUGAGGGUUAAGCUUCAAGAUUGUUUCCCACCCCAUUUUAAGGUUGACAUCAAAGUAGCACCGGGAUCUCAUGCCGAUGAAGAAUCAGUCAAUAAACAGCUGAAUGACAAAGAAAGAGUGGCAGCUGCCCUGGAGAAUCCCAACCUCCGCCAACUCGUGGACGAGUGCCUAUACUCCAGUGAACUGUAGCCCACCAGCAGACGAUAAACUUAUAAGCUCUAACAAACACCAAUGUACAGAGAAAAGUGUUUUGUUAUCAGUCCUAGUGAAUCUGGCAGGGAGUAAAAUCUUACUUAAAUGUUGCCAAACCGGGGUUCAAAUAAAAGGCUUGAGGCAUGUUUUGCUGUGUGUAAUAUAGUAUAUUUGGAUGAAUCUGCUGUCAUGAUGCAAAUUUAGCUUGUAUCUUGAUUUUAGAGGGAUUUGAAGCCCGCUGCUGGAACUGGGAGUUUGAUUUGUGUAUCUGAUACAUUAAUCUUCUCUUCGAGUAUUUGCGAUGUCACAAGUUGUAAAUUGAAGGAAUUAUGUCUGUA